AUGAACUUUGGAUCCAAUCAUAAAAGCUUUGAAAUCUUUUUCAUUCUCUCAAUCAUAAUUGCUCAAGUUAUCUGUGAGAGAUUCUCAGAAACUAAUCUUCCUCCGGGUACCAUAGUGGUCAAACCAGGAAAAGGAACCUUAUCGGCCGCAUUUACCCAAUUGAAAGGAAGGAAAGGAAAACAGUUUAUAUUCUUAAAGAAAGGUGUUUACUACGAUAAUGCAAAGUUGAAUGAUUAUGAAGACGGAAUCAUAAUCCAAGGAGAAGGUGGUACUAAGAAAUCAUAUCUGGAUAAUUUGGUUACCAUCGUUUCUUCAGUGAAAGGAACUGGGACUUCCUCAGCCUUACGUAUCAAUGUACCAAAUGUGAACGUCUAUAGCAUAACAUUCCAAAACACGUUUGGACCGGGUUUUCAGGCGGUAGCCCUGACUGCUAAUGGAGACAAUCACAUUUAUGAUCGAUGUGCCUUUCUUGGUUUCCAAGAUACAUUGUAUGAUUACAGAGGAACUCAUUAUUUCUUUGGAUGUUAUAUAGAAGGUGCGAUUGACUUCAUCUUUGGUGGUGGAAGAAGCUUUUAUGAUAACUGUGUGAUUGGAAUCAAACCCAACAAAGGAGGAGUACAAGAGAUCACAGCUAAUGAUGCUGGAUCACCAGGACAUUUAGAUUCAAUCUUUGUAUUUGAUUCACCAAAUUUUGUUGACCUUCAUGGGGUUCCUGCAGCUACAACCUAUUAUGGAAGAGCAUGGGGUCCUAAACCACAAGUAGUGAUUCAAAACCCAAACAAUUUUGGAAGCUUACAUCCAGAUGGAUGGGAUCCAGAUGGGGUGGGUUCAAUUAAAUUUGAUGGAUCUGAUUUUCGUGAAUUACCAUUGAAGACCAAAAGAGGAAAACCUUUAAAACAAAGAAUCACAAAGGAAAGAGUCUUGGGUGAUAAAUUUCGUUACUUAUCUUAA